AUGUCCGGCUUUCAAAUCCCUGGCCUGGGGCAAGCCAAGCCCAACGAGACAUUACCACCUCUCCCUGCGGAUACACCCACCGCAGCAGCCAGUGUCGCCGCAACAGCAUCACCUCCCGCCAUAUCAGGACCAAACGCAACCUCUCAGCCCACGCAGGACAAGACGGACGAGCACAGCACUCUUCGCGCAGACGCCACGCCCCAAGCCGACGACGAAGCCGACGCCAUGGCCGUCGACCAGCCCGAUAGCCCGCCAUUCCUGACCGGCGCUCUCGAAGCCGCCCUCGGAGGCCUGGGCAACACCGACGAUGCGCCAGAGCAACUCCCGCCACAGGCCGACGGCGCCGCGCCCCAGAGCGAUCAGGGCGAACACCCCGAAUGGGAAAUCGACUCCUCCCCGUACGAGUCAUCCUCCGAGUUGAGCAGCUCGGACUCAUCAUCCGACGAAGACUCAGGCGACGAAGGCUACGAGCCCCUCGGCGUUGAAGAGACGGCCCGCCUGCUCAUGGAAGCAGAAGGCGGGUCCGAGGACGAGGGCGAUCGUGGCAAAGGCUCAAGCGCGGCUCGACUACGCACCAAGAACGAAGUCGCAGAGGAAAUCAUACCCAAGCCAGACAUCACCAUCACCGACGACAUGAAGAUCGAAGAGCUCGGCACCAUCGAAAACAUCAUCGACAACAUCAUGCUCAUAAAGGCAAUCACCCCAGGCGAAUACCAGGUCCUCGACGCAGGAUCCGUCCUCUGCACCGCCGAGCGCGUCGUCAUUGGCGCCGUGGCCGAGACCAUGGGCAAGGUCCUCCAGCCCAUGUACACGGUCUACUUCGCCUCUGAGCAGGAAAUCAAAGACUCAGCCCUGCAAGUCGGCGACAAGGUCUUCUACCCCGUCGGCCACGCAUCCUACGUCUUCACCCAGCCGCUGAAGAACAUCAAGGGCUCGGACGCGAGCAAUCUGCACGACGAAGAGGUCGGCGACGACGAGAUGGAGUUUUCAGACGACGAGAGGGAGGCAGAGUACAAGAGGUCGUUGAAGCAGAAGAAGAAGGACAAGUGGAAGAGCAAGCACGAGGCAAAGGCCGGCGGCGGCGGCGGCAGAGAAGCGCACCCCUCGAGUCGGCGGGUCCCUGCGGACGGUGGGUUAGCGGACGGUGGGUUAAACUACGAUGACGACGGCCCGUACAAGCCGCUGACUCGGCCUCCCGGCUUUGGCAGCGGUCCUGCGUCUGGCGAGUCGCACGAGCCCGCUCCUCGGUCUGGGUCCGGACGAGGCCGCGACGCCGAUGCCAGAGGCAGAGCCGGUCGAGGCAGAGGGGCGGGAAGAGGAGGCGGCCGGGGCGGACACGGCAGCUCGUCGAGGGAUGGAUAUUCCCUCCCUCCACAGGGCAGCCAGAAGUACUCUCCGCAGAAUCCUAGUCAGCCCCCUGCCCAGCAAGCGCCUGCUCCGCCCGCCGUGCACAGUCUUGGUUUUCAGUUCCCUGCUUGGCCGCAGCCGCCGGCGGCUCAGGCACAAUAUCCCGUUCUGCCUCCGCCCCCUCCUCCGGGGUGGCCGGCGCAGGGUCUAGGUCAGGCAGGUGCUUCAAAUGCAUUUGUCAACCCUGCGUUUGUAGCGGCGCUGAUGAGCCAGAUGCAGCAGCAGAAUGAGCAGCAAGCUUGGAGCAGUCAACAGCAACCGCCGCCCAAUGGUGGUCAGAGUCGGUAG